GACGUACACAUAAACCACCUUGUUACUCAGCGUAAUGAUGCCGUUGACUCACCUGAGGACUGCAGAACAAAGUGUAUCGCAAGGUUUCUAUUCCGGAAACUUGCAAGAGAGGGUCGAUUCUGCAAGUACUAUGACGGAGGCCCAUUCAAGCUCUUCUGUGACGACUUCCGUCCGGCAAAUGUUCUGACAAAUGCGGGAUUCAAGGUCGUUGGGGCAAUAGAUUGGGAAUAUACCUAUGCAGCACCACUUGAAUUCGCUUACAGCGCUCCGUUCUGGCGUCUACUGGAAUUGCCCGAAUACUGGCCGGAAGGACUGGAUGACUGGGCAACUUUCUAUCUGACACGUCUGGAGACCUUUCUUAGGGUCCUGGAAGAGAAAGAGAAAGUGGCGCUCGAGCGUGGACUUCUCGCCGAAGAACAGCGUCUCUCUACCUACAUGAGGGACAGC